AUGCCAGGCCACGCCAGGCCAGCCACGCCAGUGCCAGGUCACGCCAGGCCGCGCCAGGUCACGCCAGGCCAGGCCACGCCAGGGCCACGCCAGCUCACGCCAGGCCAUGCCAGGCCACGCCAGCCCAGCGCCACGCCAGCGCCAGGUCACGCCAGGCCACGCCAGGAACCAGCCGCCAGCGCCAGGUCACGCCAGGCCACGCCAGGCCAGGCCACGCCAGGCCACGCCACCACGCCAGGCCAUGCUACAGGUCACGCCAGGCCAGCGUCACGCCAGCGCCAGGUCACGCCAGGCCACGCCAGGCCGCCACGCCAGUGCCAGGCGAUGCCAGGCCACGCCAGGCCAGCCGCCACGCCAGCGCCAGGCCACGCCAGAGCGCGUCAGGUUGCAAGAGCUACGGUGCUACUUGAGGUGUUCCUUGGGGUAACUGGGGUGCUACUUGAGGUGCUCCUUAGGGUAACUGGGGUGUUCCUUGGGGUAACUGGAGGCUAUGAGAUGCUCCUUGUUUUAAGUAUCUUCCAGGAACUUAGUGUGACUGGUGUGGCGUCUGUCUGCGUAAUGGCGUCCUUCAGGGUGUGGUUGGGGGUUAAGGGUGUGCCCAACCUCCAGCCUUGA